AUGGGUUUCGGCGGCCUGUGCGCGCAGUGCCACCGUCGUCCCGACAGUGGUGAAUCGUGCGUGGCGUCCGCAUCGGUCCGUCCGGGUUUGGGUCGUCGCGCGCCGCGGCCGUCGUCUGCGAACUCGCGCCGCACAUGCUGCUGCCGGACGCCGAGGACGACGACGACGAUGAAAAAACAUUCCAAGCAGCUUGAGAAGCGCAUCGACGACCAACGACAGCUGCUGCUGCAACAGCAGCGGUUACCGGGGGCGGACGCCGAUAAGCGGAGACCGUCGUUGUCGUCGUCGAAAUGCAAAAACGGCAUACUGAAAAACGAGUCCAGUCCCGAACUGUCGCGGCCCGCUUCCCGCAAGUCCAGACAGUACUUCCUGGAACCCAUCCGUCGGUGGAAUUCUUUCCACAACAGCCGCGAACGCAAGUCCAACACCGCCGCGGCCGCUGGCACGGCCACCCCCGCCUCGCCGUCGUCGUCGUCCACCAACAACCUGCCGUACCUGCAGACCUUGGUCAACCUGCAGCGGGAGUCUAAGAGCGCUUGUGCCCGACUCGCCCAGUCCGUGUUGCCCAAAACGCCGCGGGGAGCCGAAAGCGCGCCAGUCCUCAUCGGCGGGGCCUCUUCUACCUCCGUAUCUGCCACCGCCGACGAUGUCCAGUCGCCGAAACCGCUCCAGCAGAGUGGCGGCGUCGGAUGCCCGGCGAAAAAACAAAACUCCAGCCCCAACCUGUUGUUGGUGUACGACCGCCGGCAGCAGGGUGUCGCGGGAGUUAAUAUCGGUGGCGGAAACAGCCUGACGAAUUCGCCUCGUCGGUCGGCCAGGAGGCCGAAAACGCCUCCGCCGCACCCUCACCACAGCCAACAACAACAACAACAACAACAACAGCUAGCGGCGGCGGUGGCUAAUAGCAGUUGUGCCGGCGGUGUGGGGUCGGACGCUACCGGUUCUUCUAAAAUACCGUUCGCCAUAAUGGUGGGUGACACGCCGGUCGUGUGCCAAGACACCGUGCCCAGAAUCAAGGCAAUUCGCGCCGAUUCGGUGACGGAUAAAUCGUCGUAUCUGGCUGUCGACUUGUCUCCGCACCGUCGAUACUCGUUUUGUUUUGGAAAACGAACCGGAAGCAACGCUAGACGACCCAACGAAUGUUUCGUGUUGGAACCAUCAGAGAUGCUGGUGAUGGAUUAUGCGGACUCUCAAAGCGGUCUGCGCUCGUUGAAUAUCCCCCGGCACACCGGCAUGGAACGUGGUGGGGCGAUCAACCUCGUAUUCGACGACAGCUACAUUGCUGCGAUCCGGCCUGAACUAUACCAGAAAAGCAAUCGGAGCUCGCACAGCUCGGAUACCAGUUCGGCGUAUUCGGGCAGCGACACCAUGACCAGCGUGCAUUCGGGGAGCGUUUCGGUGGAGGCGGACGAGGUGGACCUGUCGGGACUCGUCGAGUCGAUCGUGGACUCGGACGAAGACGACCUGGGCGACAGCAGCGAGAGCCUCACCGUCCGGGACACGGUCCGGGAGUGCCUAGAGAAGGACCCGUCGGAGCGGGCCGAGGACGAUGUAGAGGUGCUGCUCGAGUUCACCCAGCACUUGAAGGCGUUCACCAACAUGACGUUGGCCGUGCGGCGGGCGCUGUGCAGCGUCAUGGUGUUCGCGGUCGUCGAGAAGGCCGGCACCGUGGUGAUGAACGAUGGCGAAGAGCUGGACUCGUGGAGCGUGCUGAUCAACGGCCACGUCGAGGUCGAGCACGCCGACGGCAUUCCCGAUCAGCUGCACAUGGGCGACAGCUUCGGCAUAGUGCCUACCAUGGAGCGGCUGUACCACCGGGGCGUGAUGAGAACAAAGUGCGACGACUGUCAGUUCGUUUGCAUCACGCAGACGGACUACUACAGAAUACUCCACCAGGGCGAGGAGAACACCAAAAGACACGAAGACGACGGAGGCAAAUUGGUCAUGGUCACCGAACAAAGGGGUACGCUGGAAGCCGGCAGACGGGGUCACGUAGUCAUAAGGGGUACACCGGAGAGACUGAUGCUUCAACUGAUCGAAGAAAAUUCGGUUAUAGAUCCGACCUAUGUGGAAGAUUUUCUUUUAACGCAUCGGACUUUCAUUAAAAACUCGAUGGAAGUUGCCAACCAACUGUUGAAUUGGUUUAACGAACCAUCUGCUAGGGACCGCGUCACUAGAGUGGUGCUACUGUGGGUCAACAAUCAUUUCACCGAUUUCGAAAUGGAUCCAGUGAUGAUGGACUUUGUAGAAAAGUUUGAAGCGUGCCUGGAAGAGAAUAAAAUGGGCGGACAAUUGAGAUUGUUAAACAUUGCUUGUGCUGCAAAGGCAAGAACUAGGUGCGUUACUCUAGCCAGACCGUCUAGAGAUCAGGUGCUACAUUUUUCCAUUUUGGGAGGAUAUGAAAGAGGAUUUGGAAUAUUUAUUUCAAAAGUCGAUAAAAAAUCGAAAGCUGAAGAGGUCGGUCUGAAACGAGGUGACCAAAUUUUAGAAGUUAAUGGACAAAGCUUUGAACACGUAACCCAUACUCGUGCUUUAGAGAUCCUUCGAGGAACUACGCAUUUGAGUAUUACUGUCAAAUCAAAUCUAUUAGUGUUCAAAGAAAUGCUUGCAACACCUGACAACUCACCUCGACCAAGAGGUCGACAAAAACCGUCUGUUGAAAUCGCUCGUCUUCAAGACGAUCCACGAGCACGGCCGUUGCUCACUGCUCAUCUUCCUCCUCCUAUCCAACAACCUAUUAAAACAAACGCAUCCAACACAUCAAGUGGCGGAGGUUUUAUGACUCUUGGCCCCAAGAAACGUCUUCAGCGGGCUCUGAUGAAAAUGAAUAUUUUACCAAAAAAUAUUAUUGGCGACGUGUGUGAUGAUAGUUCGGUGUCUGCUAAAUCUGACUCUAGCUCAAAUUUUAAACAGUCACAUAGCCACCCGGACUUGACUUCAAUAUCAUAUCUGGACGAUACAAGGGUAGCAGCAGAUUAUCCAGAACACGUAUUAAAAGUUUAUAAGCCUGAUCAGACUUGCAAAUACCUAUUGGUGCAUAAAGAAACUACAGCUCAUGAAGUUGUCAUGCUUGCAUUACAAGAAUUUGGAAUCACAGAACCGAGUUCUCUUUAUUCAUUAUGUGAAGUCUCAGUGUCAGAAGGGGGUAUAAUUAAACAAAGGAGGUUGCCAGACCAACUACAAAAUUUAGCAGAGCGAAUUGGGCUUAGUAGUAGAUAUUACUUAAAAAAUGUCAGUAAUACUGAAACAUUAGUUGGAGAUGAACUUGCAGCUGAUUUAAUAAGGGAAAGUCAUGUACAUUUUUUGCAACUGAACGCUGUUGAAGUGGCAGUACAACUAACACUACAAGACUUUUCAAUAUUCAGGCAAAUUGAAGCUACAGAAUAUGUUGACGACUUAUUUCAAUUAGACAGUCGUUAUGGAACACCAAUGCUAUCUAAAUUUGCUGAAUUGGUGAAUACAGAAAUGUUUUGGGUUGUAACGGAAAUUUGCUCUGAACACAACCUUAUAAGACGGUCAAAAAUGAUCAAACAAUUUAUAAAAGUAGCACGUCAAUGUAAGGAAUGUAAAAAUUUUAAUUCUAUGUUUGCCAUCAUUUCCGGACUUGGACAUGGAGCUGUUAGCCGUUUACGCCAAUCGUGGGAAAAACUACCUACAAAAUAUCAAAGAUUAUUUAGUGAUCUUCAAGAUUUAAUGGAUCCUUCACGAAACAUGAGUAAAUAUCGUCAACUAGUCAGCAACGAACAAUCUCAACCCCCAAUUAUACCGUUUUAUCCAGUAGUUAAGAAAGAUCUAACGUUUAUUCAUCUUGGUAACGAUACACAUGUAGAAAGUUUAAUUAAUUUUGAAAAAUUAAGAAUGAUUGCCAAAGAAGUUAGAAAUCUAACAAACAUGUGCUCAUCACCUUAUGACUUACUAACAAUGUUAGAACUUGGUGGACAACCUACAUCCAAUGCAAUGGUAGCUUUGAACCAGCUUACUACAGGUGUAAGUGGAAGUGCUCAUCAGGGAGGUGCUGCCACAUUUAAAAGAAGAAAAAAGUCAACUGCUGCCCCAAACCCAAAAAAGAUGUUUGAAGAAUCCCAAAUGGUAAGAAGAGUCAAAGCUUAUCUGGCAAAAAUGAAGGUGCUCACUGAUGAAGAAAAAUUACACGAACUGUCAAUGAGUUGCGAAGGUUCUAGUACUGGUGGGUCUAUAAUGGGAUCUGGACCAAUAAGAAAACGACAUCCAUCACCAACGCUUUCAACAGCUAGUAGUGCUAGUAGUGCCAGUGAAGGAUUGAAGAAUACUGGUCCUAAAUUCGGCUCUGCUUCACCACAAGCUGUACGAAAGUUAUUGUCUUUGAGUGAGCCAAGCAAAACGAGACUGCAUCAGCCCAGGUAUCAUAUGGCACCUUCUCCGGGUCCACCAACUCGUCGCAACGUACAUCAACCACCUAGUGUUCCAGCAACGUCUCAUGAACGUUCUCACUCAGACACAACCCCUCUUAACCCACCACCACCUUUACUCUUAUCAUCGGUUGAUCUGAAUGCUGAGAGCAGUAGUGUUACUAGUUUAUCAAACCUCUCACUAAGAAAGACUGUGACAUCCACGGGUUCAGUGACUUCCAGCGAUUCAGGACAUUCCACACAAACGAGCGGAUCAACAGAUGUUUGCAUGCCUCCAGGAGCAUCUCCUCCACCACCACUCCACUUAAGGAGACAUUCAGUACUACAACCUCCAGCGAGUUAUCAGAUUGGAAACCGUCCUAUUUAUUCGUCAAACAUGCAAAUGAUGGGAUCAUCAACCAACUGUGUGCGGACGAGACCACCACCAGCUUAUAACACGAGUGUUGCCCAAAUGGCAGCUAGGAUGCACCGUUUAGGUAGAGCACAUUCGCAUGAAGGUGUCACAUCAACAUAUUAUCUAAGAGAUGAUGGUGAUGAUGAUGAUGACGACGAAGAUGCACAAGUAUCUGCUGUAUGA